GGCAGACCAAGAUGAGAGAACAAAAAGCCUGAGUGUAGAUAUAGUGAUAGCAAACACAUAUUUUGACUUUGACGACUAUAAGUCCCCUGUCAAGACUUUUAUUGAUGAUAGAUUUUUGUAUAAAAUGAUUCCUGGUUUUCAGAAAAGCUAUCUUUCAUACAUUCAAAAAAAAUGAAGCAGAGACUCAAGAUGGCUUCUUUUCUUACACACCAGAUGGAGACGAAACAGAGUUUAUAGGAGUCGAUACAGUCUCCCAAGAAAUCUCUUCAAUUGGCGCUGAUAACCCGCUCUUUAAUAUGAAAUUUGUUAAAGACUCACGCUCGAAGUCCUACGAAAGAUCUGUUUUUAAUUUUCUAGAAGUCACUGGAAACAUGGGAGGAUUGUUUGAAAUUUUAGAAAUCUGAGGGGAAUCAUUGUGGGGCUUUUCUCUGGCCAGACGUUUCUCUACUCCAUCCUUCCAAAACUGUACCAAGUCGAUGACUCAAAAGUCGAAGAUGAUCACCAUUUGCCAGAAAUUAUCGAAAAUAAAGAAGAACAACAAGAUCAGAAAAAUAAGAAACUGGAUAGAAAAGAAAAUCUAUUUAACAGAACAGAACGAAAAAUGUGAUACGAGACAAAUUUGGAAGAAAGAACUUUUAUAAGAGACAAAGCUAUGAACGCAAUGAGAAAAAGAAUCAAAUAUGAUUGGAAAAUCACGGACUACAUUUUCAACUUAUUUAGAUGCUUAUCAUUCAUUUGCUGCUGCUGAUGCUGAAAUAAAAGAUCUCUUAAUUUCAGAAAUAGACUACGUCUGUACGAUAAGGGGGAAUCCAAGCUUGCUAAAGAAUUAGAUGCAGUUCACUUUGUUAAAAGUUUCAGAAAUCUCUCUACACUUGUGGCCUCUGUUGUCGAUGAUAGAGAAAGAUUAAUGAUUGCUUAUCAGAAAUGUCAUUUGUUAUCACUUCAGAGUGAUACUUCAAACAGCUGUAGUGAUGAAAACUUUGAUUCCAUACCCAAGAUGUUUGCAAAAGCAAGCACCAAAGAACUGCACCAAAUUAAAGUAGAGAACUUCAUGGCUGAAUACUCGAAAGAGAAAUGGACCGACAAAGAUUAUAAACUCUUGAAUGGAGUUUUCAAUAGAGAAAAAUUAUCUCAGGAGCAAAUAGAAACCUUGAUGAAUCACAUGGACAAUGCAAAUAUUUAUCAAGGUAUCAAUGAGAAGUACUGUUUAUCUUAACAUAUAUAAACACCAUAUAGAAUUCCCAUAAACUCAGCUGAAGCUCCUCCAGAAGAAUCUAAGCGUAGUGAUCCUUCAUUCGAUUUUCAGCACACAAACCCUUCCUCAAGCCUGAAGAAGAAGACAUCUGGCGGGCCUAAACUGCAUACCAGAAUCAGGAGUUCCAAGUCUCCUGCUCCAAUGAAAUUCAAGGAU